AUUUAUAUCCCACGUAGUUGUGCAAUAUUAGUGCAAAUCACACACCCACAAACAUACAUCCUUACUCCUAUAUAUCUAUGUUUCAUUAUUGAUCUAGCAAAAAUUAAGAAAGAAUAGUUGUCUCUCUAGUUAACAGCAAGAUAAUUAUAAUCGAAGGCGAUCGAUGGAGAAAUCUUCUAAGAAGAACCAGAAUUCCAACCUACCUUCUGAGGAGAAAUCUUCAAAUAGCUCUGAAAAUGUACUACUUUCUCAACAAACCAAACAGCUUAGUACUACUUCUGAUCUUGCUCAAGAGGUAAAUGACGUAAAACAAAAAGAUGUAGACGGAAAAGCAAAAUCAGAUCGGAAAGAGGAAUCCCCAUCACCUCCUUCGCCUCAACAACCAAAAGAACAGCCUGAGGGCAAAUCAUCGUUGGACCAAAAUGUCCCACAGUUGGAAAAUAGCUCUGCCGCCACAGCCACAACCACUCCGCAGAAGAUUGAGUUGCAGAAAAACUUGAUUGCCGAGCAGCCAGAAGAAAAUAAGGAUCCUGGAUCAGAACUCAAUGUGAACGAGACAUUGGCAUCCAACGAGACUAAGAAAGAUAUCCUUAACAGUCCAUCACCAAAGGACCAAAAGAUAAGUGAUGAAAAUACGACGACAAUUACUGUGAAGGCAAAUUCUACAGUUAACCAUGGAGAAGGCCAUCGGCGUUUUUAUGAACCGGGCCAACUUUAUGUCAUCGUGGAAAUUGACGAUACUACCAAUGGGGGGGCCACGGUCCCACUUUUACCUUUGCCUGGGGAUAGUGCAUCAAGAACCGUUCACAAACAGGAAGCAACUUGCAUACAGUGCUACGCGUUGGUAACAGAAGAGAGUGAAAUGUUGAAUAUCAAGUGUAAAUGUUCCGACACCUCUCUACUCCAUCUGGAUUGCAAGGAAGCAUGGCUUCAACUCAAAGGGGAUAAGUGUUCCCAUUGUGAUCAAAGGAUCAUAGUUAAGAGUGUGACGCUGCAGGCUUCCUUCUCUCCCCAACCCAAUACUGAUAAUUCUCAUGCCCCGGAACUAGAAGUUUCUACAUGGAAAAGGUCUUGGUGCUGUUGGCAGGCAAACUGAUGACGUGGAAUUAUUGAGUUAGAUUUUUCGAAUAUCUAUGUUUCGAGAUUUUUCCGAAAUUUCAUGAUUGAAGGGUAUAUUUGUCCUUUUCAAUAUUCCAUUGCCAAAUUUUAUUGAUCUUUGGUAAAAGUUUGGUAUUAAGUAUUGCCUACUGGUGUAUGAUUUGAUAUUUUCAAAACACAUACUUGAAGCUUGAUAAUGAUUUCUUUCUGUUUACUUUAAAUUUUAUAGCUGAAAUAAGAGAUUAAAUACUUUUUGUUGAA